AUGACACGCCAACCAUCAUACUACGUCUACUACCUGAUAAUCCCCAUCACACUUUUAUCUCUGCUCAGCUCCCUGGUAUUUGCUCUGCCCAUGGAGUAUGGAGACAAAGUGGCUCUCUCCAUGACGAUCCUACUCUCUUUUGGCGUGUUCCUGACUCAGAUGACCAACGACAUGCCCAAAACGUCCCAACAGACUUCCUACCUGACCAUCUACUUGACCAGUCUCCUCACCCUCAGCUCCCUCUCAGUGGCCAUGAUGAUCCUCAUCCUCAGAUUCCACAACUACCGAGGAAAGGUGCCCCGGGUGCUGCACAAAUGGGUAGUUUUGUGGAAAUGGAAAUGUUCCAAAAGGGAACUAGCUACUGAUGUAGAUCAAGAUCCUGCAGGAGAUGUAAAUACCCAGAAGUGCACAGCGGAUCCAACCUGGAAGGAUGUGUCCACCGCGCUUGAAGCCAUGUGUCUGAGGAUUUUCACGUCCAGGAUGGGACAAGAACACGACCCGACGGCACAACAGCAGUUCUGA